AUUGUUCAAAUUUUAAUUUCCAAAUGAUUACAUCUGAAUUGAGUGAUUUCCUCGAGAUCAACGAAAAAAAUAGUGUUCUAAGAGGAAUAUCGGCAAGCGAUAAGAUACUUUCAUCAGGUAUUUGUCAACUUCUUUUUUCUGAAAAUGGGCAUUGGCGGAUACCGAAUGGGGGAACCGCUGUGGCAUUGUUUUUGAAAAACAGUACGGAACGAUAUUACCGGAUAAUAGUAAUGGAACCAUCUGCAGAUCCAGAUUGGGAACCAACAGUUCAAUUUGAUUUUCUUAUUAGAGACAAAAAGUUUGAAACAAUGCAGGAACAUGCAAGGUUACUCGUUUUUGAGGCAGAAUCCAGAUACAUUGGAUUGAACUUUUACGACUCAAAGGAAUGUGAGAACUUUCACAAUAGUGUUUGCAAACGACAAACGAGAAGUACCGAUAAAGCAAAGCAGCCAGCAUUGGAGGGAAAGACGAAGAAGAAAAGUAGUUUCUUUCAUGAUCCAUUCAAAUCCCACAGGGAACCAAGAAAACAAGUUGAAAUUGAAGCACCAACAGAUUUUCGGCAUGUUGAUGGUGUGAAGUUGACAGAUGUACAAGAAGAUUUGUAUAUGCAAGUGAAUAAUCCAGAAGAAGAGGAAAUUGUGAAGCAAUUGAUUGUAAGAAAUGAAGAUCAUAUUAGACAAUCAUUGAUGGUGAAAAAAGAAUCUCAAACUGUGAAAGAAGUUAAGGACAAAAAUAAGGAUAAAGUCAAAACAAGUAAAAGCUUUUUUGGACGUAACAAACCAAAAGUCGAGGAUGUUUCUCAACCGAUUGUACCAGUCAUCACUGGUGAUCCAUUGAAUCCCGAUUGGACAGUAACCGCAGCAACAUCAUUCAAACAUAGUCACACUUUUUCUGCGGAUCCCAUCAAGGAUCCAUCAGUGUUGCUGAAUAGAAGCACUUCAGUGCGAGUUCGAGGAAGUCUCUCAACUCCUCGAAUUCCAACUCAUCGUGACUCCUAUCGCUCGGCUACAAAACCAGACACUGUUCCUAAGCAGACUCCUCCUCCAACUCACAAUUCCUAUGUUCUUCCUCAUAUUGAUGAGAGGAUGACGAGGAAAAUGAUAUUAAUGAAGAACCACCAAAACCUCCGAGAAGAAGUGCUUCCUUUCGAGUUAGAGGUGGGUAACUAUGUUAGUUUUCCCAAUCAUACUCAUUGUUCAGAAAAACCAAUAGCAGAGGCUCCGCUUCGUCCUCCGGUUCGUCCUGCUCCAAUUGUUCCUACUUCGGCUGGACUUUGUUUAGUGCUCGCAGCCUCAUUUCCCACUUCAUCAACUCCUUCUCGUUUUUUGAAUCCUUUUCCUGCUCCACUACCAGCAGAAAGCUUCUUCGGGAAUAGCAAAUCCAAAAUCGCAUAUUUUAUAAAACCCACAAAUGAGCAACCACAAGAACUUUUUCAAACCCCCGUUCAAAUAGAAAAAAUAUUUUCUUCUACACCAUCAUCACCAGUUUCAAAUGCUGCAAUUAUAGAUGGAAUGAAAAAUAUCAGCUUAUCAGAUUCCUCAACAUCAGUUGCACAGGAUAUAGCAAUGAAAGUACCUACACCGCUUCCUCGCACUUCAAAAAUUAUUUCUGCUUCUUCUCCAUUACCACCUUCACAAGAUGAAAUUAAUCCCUUAAUUGAAAUGGUGGAUCAAUCUAGUAGUAAAUCUGAAACUCAGAUUCCAGUUACCGAAUGCAGCCAGAGUCACUUAAAUGGAAAAGGCAGUGCUGCCCAAAUACAGUCAGCCGAUUUUGACAAAGUAUUGAAUCAAUUGCUGUCAAUAAAAGUCAAUUCAGAAAAAUCCAAACAAAGUGCAGAUUUGGAGCUUCUCCUCGUAUCAAUUGAAAAGCUGAUUCAAAACUAUCUGGGUUUUCACCACGAAGAUUAAUCUGACUGAUUAGCUCUUUUUUGUGUCGAAGAAAUAAUUAUUUAACUCAUUCAAAUAUUUUUAAUAAGAUUAAGUGAUUAAUCAUAAUGAAGUUUUCCAA